CAAUCGUCCGAUUUGACAAAUUCACAUACUCGAUUUGGAGUCAUUGUUGGAGAAUUUAUAUGUUUCUAUUAAUUUAUUUAUUUGGAUAGAUUCUUUUGCUUGUCUUCAUUUCAGUAAAUUGUGACUUUCUUAUUCCUUGGAUAACCUGCAAGUAAGCUUAGGUUACCUGUACUUGACGCAACUAUUUCAGUCGGGUUCUAUUUUCAAAGUAUACUACUUAUACAAGAAGUAACUCGCGAGCGUCAAUAUCUUACACAAUGACGAAAGCUACAACACGCGAUGUUGUUCUGGGGAGAUUGAAGGGUGCGGUUAAGAAUAAGAAGAUUAUUGUUGGAGCUGGAGCAGGUAAACUAUCCUCUUACACACACAAACACACACAAACACACACACAUAUAUAUAUAUAUGUAGCAUCUAGCCUAUGGCACUGUGUCCAAUAGUCUGAAAUACAGCCCGGUUUGAGAAUUCUUAAGCUUUGGAUCUUUGGAUCUGCUUCGGUUAUUUCGAUAAAGUUCAUUGCUCUGAAUAGAUUUGAUAAUCAGACAGAUUCCAAUAUUCGAAUGGUUUGAAUAUCUAAAGGCCGUUGGGCUAGACGACUGGGCUAUUGGAUAUACUGCCCCCCUUCCCCAAUGAGUCAAUGGCUAACAAACACAUAGGAAUUGGUCUUUCAGCCAAAUCGGUAGAGGCUGGUGGUGCAGAUCUCAUCAUCAUAUACAACUCCGGUCGAUUCCGUAUGGCAGGACGUGGUUCAUUGGCUGGUUUAAUGCCAUAUGGAGAUGCCAAUCAAGUUGUCGUCGAAAUGGUGCGUAUACCUACCAUACCCCUCCUUCAACCCCUACACUCCAACCUCUCACUCUAAGCAAGGAUUGACACACAACACAGGCCUCCGAAAUCCUCCCCAUAGUAAAUGACACUGGCGUUCUUGCAGGCGUCUGCGCAACCGAUCCUUUCCGGCACAUGCCCACCUUUCUCACACAGCUCAAAAAUCUCGGAUUCUGCGGCGUGCAAAACUUUCCCACGGUAGGACUUAUCGACGGACGAUUCCGGGAAAAUCUAGAGGAGACAGGAAUGGGAUAUGACAAAGAAGUCGAAAUGAUCCGAUUAGCGCACGAACAAGAUUUACUUACCACGCCCUACGUUUUCAACCCCGACGAUGCGAUCAAGAUGACCAAAGCGGGUGCAGAUGUAUUGGUAGCGCAUAUGGGAUUAACGACCAGUGGAACGAUUGGUGCGAAGACGGGAAGUACGUUGGAUGAAUGCGUGAAGGCUAUUCAGGAUAUUAGGGAUGCGGCAGUGGGAGUGCGGGAGGAUAUUAUAGUGCUUUGUCAUGGGGGACCAGUGGCCGAGGUGAAGGAUGUGGAAUAUGUGUUGGCGAGGACGAAGGGAAUCCAUGGGUUUUAUGGUGCGAGUAGUAUGGAGAGGUUACCGGUGGAAAUUGCUAUUCGGGAUAACAUGAACGGGUUUAAGGAGUUGAAGGUUGGAAAUUAGUUUGUUGAUGCGUAGUAUUAGCGUAGCAGGAUGGUUCUCAAUUUUUCGACGUUGGAUACCUAGGUAGUCUAUAUGGUGAGAAUGGCGUCAUUACCUACCCCGCGUACUGUGCUACCUUUUGCGUGUGUACAAGUACGUAUAACCUUAUACACAGCUUCUUCGCCUUCGCUUCUGUCG